CUCCCAAACUGCCCCUCCGAUUUUAUAAUAUUCAAACCCGGAAACACAUCUCGAACAGAUUUAUGUAUAUGCACUGAAGUUUGAUUGGGUAUAAUUGUAUCACAAAUUAUGCUGAAACGCUGCUCAUCUGGAACCAUCUUUGGAAUGCUCACCCAACAUUUCACCAGAUCAUCAGCUGCUUGUUUUAAAAAGGCGUACCUGUCCCUUGGUCCCGUGGGAUCAACCAGCAUUGACACGCCGGACUUGUGGUUGCAUACACAGGCUAGACAGUAUAAAGCUGCGUCUCCCAAGACCGAUCAACCAUACGAAAUGUAAGCACGAAGUUGCUUUACCUGACACGAGAAAGAGCUAAGGCUGGCGGAAUGUGAUGGUACUGUUG